GAUCACUGAUCGUUGGACAAUAAUGCGAUCACCGAAUGUCUGAGUUGAAUCUUUAUGACAGCGUGUUUUCAAUCAAACCUUAUAAAUUAAUAGUUAUUAUUUUAUUCGUACAGUGCAAGAUCGCGUAGUUACUUCUGUUUACUGUAAUUUAUUUCAAAUUCUAAUGACGUUUCAACGAAUAAUGAAUUUUUUACCAUGUAUACGAUGUGUAACGUUUAAUCGGACGUUUAACACUUUCGUUAAAUUGCACAAAAGUCGAUUGGACAAAUUAAAAUGUUUUAAUAAGAGAAGUUUCAACGAACAGUCGAUAUUUGAUUUAAAUACAAAUGUCCCAAAAGAUGUACUUUUAUACAAAUCAUCUAGUGACAAAACAUACCAAAUGAUCAGUGUGUUUUCUAUAGUUCAGUUUGGUUUUUGGAUUACAGUGGCAGAUUCUUACAAUGUGUUACUGAACAAAGAGCCCGACGAUAAUGUAAACCAUCAGCCAAUAUCAUGGGUAGAUAAAAUAAAAUCUCGAGGAAAAAUAGCAACAAUUGGUAUUCCCAUCGCCUGCUUAUGUAUGGGCACAACGUUAAUAGCAAUAUGCUCUGUUUACACAAUGAAAUCUGUGAAAAUGUUGGUUUUGUGCAAAGGAGGUGACCGAUUGAGUAUAACGUCUUUCGGUUUUUUCAAUCGAAAUAUAACAACAACCAUACCUCUUGAAACAGUUAGCUGUGCUGUUGGGAGAAAUUCAAGUGGUCAAAGUAUACCAUUGAAAGUCAAAGGAAAAUGGUUUCACUACACAUUAGAUAAGAAUGGAAAAAUUUAUAAUCCCAAAUUAUUUGAUUAUACUGCGGGAUUGAGUAGGAACGUAUAAAUAUUUUUUUGUUCAUUUGUUGCAUAGUAUUAUACAUUUUGUAAUUAUUAUAGGUACUUACUUUGUUUUACUAUUGUGUUCAGCAAUAUCAUUAACUGCAAAGUUAGCAUGUCCUUCAGGUUCUUCUGUAGUAACUGUAUGUUCUACCGUAGAAAACCUGAAAAUUAAAUUUCAAUUAAAUUAAAUGUUAUUUCAUGUGUAAAUUAAAUUAUAUGUUUUGUAAAUUAAAAAAGAUGUCUAUAAAGAAGAUGUACUUUGUCACUUGACUGUUAUUCAAUGAAAUCUUAAUAAUUAAUUGUAUGAAUUAUAUAUAUUAGACAAAUUUAUAUUUUAUAAAUACAAUAUUAUAAGUAAA